AAAAAAUAAAAGCGGUGCUGCAUUUAAUUUUAUUUCUUGUUUGUUCUUAGAAAUUCUAAUCAGAUUUUUUAUUAAAUGAGUGUUUAAAUUAACGUUUAAAGAAUGGCUUAUCAUUACGUCGUUACUGCUCAAAAACCGACUGCAGUUACAGCAUGUAUAACAGGAAAUUUCACUUCACCCACCGACCUGAACCUUCUGGUUGCGAAGGUGUCUCGUCUGGAAAUGUAUCUGGUGACACCAGAAGGACUUCGCCCCAUGAAAGAGGUUGGGCUAUAUGGAAGAGUGGCUAAGAUGAAGCUAUUCAGGCCUCCAUACGAGAAAAAAGACCUUGUUUUCAUAUUGACCGCCCGCUACAAUGCAAUGAUACUAGAAUGGAGGAUGGGAACAAACGGAGAACUAGAAGUUGUCACCAGAGCCCAUGGGAAUGUGGCUGAUAGGAUCGGCAAGCCUUCAGAAAAUGGCAUACUCGCAGUGAUCGACCCACAGGCGAGGGUAAUCGGCUUACGAUUGUACGAUGGACUGUUUAAAAUUAUACCUCUGGAUAAAGAUUCUACAGAGCUUAAAGCUGCUAGUUUAAGGUUGGAAGAAUUAAAUGUUUACGAUUUAGAAUUUCUGCACGGCUGCUCGAAUCCUACUUUAAUUUUAAUACACCAAGAUCUCAAUGGAAGGCAUAUAAAGACACACGAAAUUAACUUGAGAGAUAAAGAAUUUAUAAAGAUACCGUGGAAACAGGAUAAUGUGGAGACAGAGGCGUCUAUAUUGAUACCAGUGCCCAGUCCAUUAGGUGGUGCAAUUGUGAUCGGUCAGGAGUCAAUAGUGUACCACGAUGGACAGAGCUACGUGGCCGUCGCUCCUCCACAGAUAAAGUUGACUCCAAUAAGCUGCUACUGCAGAGUGGACGGUCGCGGGCUACGGUACUUGCUGGGCGAUAUAGCCGGACGCUUGUUCAUGUUGCUGCUGGAAUUGCAGGAGAAAAUGGACGGCACACAAACUGUCAAGGAUCUGAAGGUGGAGUUCCUUGGUGACAUCCCUAUACCAGAAUGCAUGACGUAUUUGGACAACGGAGUGGUGUUUGUCGGGUCCCGCCUGGGAGAUUCGGCCUUAGUCCGGCUGUCGGCCACCAGGGACGAAGCCAGCCAGUACGUGCUGCCAAUGGAGACGUUCACAAGCCUAGCGCCCAUCCUGGAUAUGUGCGUCGUGGAUCUUGAGAAACAGGGACAAAACCAGCUCAUCACUUGCUCGGGCGCAUUCAAAAUGGGCUCGCUGAGGAUCAUCCGCAACGGCAUCGGCAUACAGGAGCAGGCACUCAUCGACCUGCCCGGCAUCAAGGGCAUGUGGGCGCUGACACUGGCGCCCGCCUCGCAGUACCACGACACGCUCGUGCUGGCCUUCGUGGGGCAGACACGAGUAUUAACACUGAACGGGGAAGAAGUAGAAGAGACCGAUAUUAAAGGCUUCGUCUCAGACCGUCAAACCUUCUUCACGGGGAACGUCUGCUACGAUCAACUGAUACAGGUGACGGACGAAGGCAUCCGGCUGAUAGCGCGUAAUGACGGUGCGGACGCGUGGGCGCUGGCCGCACAGUGGUCGCUGAGCGGCGUGUCGGUGGUCGCGUGCUCGGACACGCGAGUGGUGGCCGCCUCGGGCCCGCGCCUCUACCUCGUGGCCGUGGGCGAGCGGGCGCUCACGCUUCUAGCUGAAGUCUGCAUGGAGGAGGAAGUAGCGUGUCUGGACCUCGGGCCGGGGGGUGACAAAGCUCUCCUGGGCGUCGGCUUGUGGAACGACAUCUCGCUGAGGGUGCUUCGGUUGCCAGACCUCAAGUCUUUGCAUACAGAGAAGUUAUGUGGUGAAAUCAUCCCUCGAUCUCUACUCAUCUGUGUAUUGGAAGGCGUGUGCUACUUACUGUGCGCGCUUGGCGACGGGUCCAUGUUUUACUUCACGGUGGACCAGGAGACCGGAAUACUGAGCAACAAGAAGAAGGUCACGUUAGGAACCCAGCCAACAGUGUUGAGGAGUUUUAGGUCGCUGUCAACGACGAACAUAUUCGCGUGCUCGGACCGGCCCACGGUGAUCUUCUCGUCCAACCACAAGCUCGUGUUCUCGAACGUCAACCUGAAGGAGGUCACGCACAUGUGCUCGCUGAACGCGCAGGCCUAUCCCGACAGUUUAGCGCUGGCGACGGUCAACACGGUUACCAUAGGCACCAUCGACGAGAUACAGAAGCUUCACAUCCGCACCGUGCACCUCGGGGAGUCCCCGCGGCGGAUCGCCUACCAGGAAGCCUCGCAGACGUUCGGCGUGAUCACCAUGCGCGUGGACAAGCUGGACGCGGGCGGCGGCGCGGCGCCGGCGGUGCGGCCCAGCGCGUCCACCGCGGCCGCCAGCUGCAGCGGCGCCGCGCCCGCCAGCACCAAGCACGCGCCGCCCGCCGCCGACGUGGAGGUGCACAACCUGCUCAUCAUCGACCAGCACACAUUCGAAGUGCUGCACGCACAUCAACUGCAGCCCAGCGAGUUCGCGAUGGCGCUGGUGUCGUGCCGCCUCGCCGACGAUCCCAACCACUACUACGCGGUCGGCACCGCCAUCAUCAACCCUGAGGAGUCGGAGCCCAAAUCGGGCAGAAUCCUCCUAUUCCACUGGUCGGAAGGCAAGCUAACGCCCGUCGCGGAGAAAGAAAUCAAGGGCGGUUGUUACACGCUCGUCGAAUUCAACGGGAAAUUGUUAUCAUCGAUAAAUAGUACUGUAAGAUUAUUCGAAUGGACGUCAGAAAAGGAAUUGCGGUUAGAAUGCAGCCAUUUCAAUAACAUAGUCGCCCUGUACCUUAAAGUGAAGGGAGAUUUCAUUCUAGUCGGCGACCUCAUGAGGUCUCUCUCGCUCUUACAAUACAAACAGAUGGAGGGUAGUUUCGAAGAGAUAGCGCGAGAUUAUAGUCCUAACUGGAUGACAGCUGUCGAAAUUCUGGAUGAUGACACUUUCCUCGGCGCGGAGAACAGCUUUAAUCUAUUUGUCUGUCAGAAGGAUAGCGCGGCGACGACGGAUGAGGAGAGGCAACAAAUGGGCUACAUGGGGCAAUUCCACGUGGGGGACAUGGUGAACGUGAUGCGACGUGGCGCGCUGGUCGCGCAACUAGCCGACACCGCCGCGCCUGUUGCGAGACCCGUCUUACUGGCCACCGUUACUGGCGCCAUCUGUCUAGUCGUCCAAUUAACACAGGAGCUUUUCGACUUCCUACACCAAUUAGAAGAAAGGCUGACCCACACGAUCAAGUCGGUGGGCAAGAUACCGCAUUCGUUCUGGCGCUCCUUCAACACGGAUGUCAAGACCGAGCCGGCGGAGGGGUUUAUCGACGGCGACCUCAUCGAGAGCUUCCUCGACCUGUCGCGGGAGAUGCAGCAAGAGACUGUCCAGGGUUUACAGAUCGAUGAUGGCGAGGGCAUGAAGCGAGACGCGACGGUGGAGGACUUGGCGAAGAUCGUGGAAGAUCUCACGAGGAUACACUAGCUGUGUGGUUAAUAUAUUAUAAGAAUAAAAAUUAUAUUUCCUCCAA